CAGCAAACGGCACCGCUACAGUCACUGCACCUGGUAGAGGCGUUGCAGCAAUCUCUGCUUGCAGAGCAGGUAUCUCAACAACCACUGUCAGAGGAACCUGCGCUAGUGGAAGCAACUUCUGAGCGAGGGCAGCUACUGGGGCUAACGCAAAAAUCGCCUGUGCACCAGCAGCUCCACCAACAGCUCCAGCGACAGAAGCUCCAUCAACAGCUCCAGCAGCAGCGCCAGCAACAGAAGCGCCAGCAGCAGUUACCAAGGCCUUUUCUUGAACAGGAUAGUAUGGAACCAGCCGCUGCUGUUACCUCACUGACAAUUGACCCACCACUCUCCGCAGUAGCAUCGUUUGCGCAGCUACCUAUCUAUUCACCAUCGCCAAUCUACCCACCACCACCCAUGCUAACGGUGUACCAGCCAGUAUUUCCAUCAUUCGAUAGUAGCAGCUUCAGUCCAAAGAAAGUGAAGUUUAGCAUCGACACUAUGCAAGACGUGCUGCCAGCAUCAGCGUGCCAGGUCGAGCUUGUUCCCAUCACCGUUCCCAUCCUGCCUACUAUGACGAUGCAGGAUGUCACAAACAUAGUGCAAAUGGGGGAACGCAACCGCGAGCUGGUCUCAGCGCUGUUGGCUACUCAAGACAAUGUCCUGGCUCUUGAGCAUGGCCAGCUCCAGAAGCGAAUCCUCGCCCUGCAGUCGCCAAUCCUACCAGCUAAGAUUGGCAGUGCUGCAGCGACAUUUGGCUCCGUGUCAAGCCUGCAGAACUUUGCUGUGUCAGCAGCCAACUCAGGGACAACAGCAACAGUCGAAAAACUGUCGGCAGGUCUUUCCCAAAGCCAUGUGACUCUAGCUGCACAGCCCAGGUCACGCGCGCGUGUGGUCAGAAAGAAUGUACGCACACUCAAGUAUGGCAUGCCCAAGCAAAGUGCGGCCGAGGAGAAGUACUGCAUGUGGCGCAUCUAUGCCAAGGGCCUGCGCGAGUACGGGUCGGAGCACGAAGGGAAUUUCCUGGCGCAUUAUGACAUCGGCGACCUUGACAUAUUCCACGUGUACUUUUCUCCAUCAGGCACCUGUGAGUUUAUUGUAGCUGAACGUGAUGCCUACAAGCUUGUUAAGAGGCUACGCAAGCUGAACAAGACAAUUUUGGACGGGUAUGGCCCGCUUCGGGAUGUGGGGAAAGCAGAGGACACUGAGCUUGUCCGGACGCAGUACACAAAGCAGCUGGCUGCUAGCCUCGCCAAGUGCCACAAUCGAGACUUUAAACAUUACGUCGACAGAUAUGCGCGAGAUGUCAAUCUCAGCCUGCCAGCCAAUCAGUCGGGGAGCUAG